GCCACUGAGUCAUUCAACCUGUGGCACUUGUAUCGAGGAGAACUAAAUUAUGUAAAAACACUCAUCAAAUCAAAUUAAAAAAAAAAAAAAAAAAAAAGAGAAGCCAUUGUUAGUAGUACUAGUACUUAGUAUUAUAGUUUUAGUAGUACUAGUACUUUAGUUAUUAGGACAUGAACAAACAAGAACAAACAAGAAUUUGAAACACAUUAGUAGUAGUAGUAGUGUGUGUGUGUGUUUUCUUUUCUUGAUAUCAAGUUUAAAGGUAUAAUCAAGAAAGAAAGAAAGAAAAAAUAAAAUGGGCUCCUCAAAAACUCAUCAUUGUGUCUUCAAUCCCAAGUUAAAAAAGAAAGACAUGAUGUGAUUGCCACCAUUACCUGUUUUUUCUUUCUUCUACACUCUCUCUUAUUAGUAUUACUGUCAAAAAGCUUCCAUUUUUGUGCAAUUCUUUUGACUUCAGUGCAGAUUAACAAAACCCCAGUUGUUGGAGUAUUUGUGGGCAAUUGCUUUAACUUUAAAACCUCAGUUGUUGGAGUAUUUGUGAGCAGUUGCUUUAACUUCAGAGCAGACUAACAAAACCCCAGGCAGAUUGUUCUGGAGUGUGGAUUAGGUUUAGUCUUUGCUGCAACUUGGAGUGAUCCGCUAAUAUGCUUAAGCAAAUUCUUGCAAAACUUCCUAGGAAAUCAUCAUCAAAAUGUGAUUCAUUCGAUUCAUCAGGAAGCAAUUCCUGCAACAACACCUCGAACUUGGGGGGUAACGGAAUUCAAUUUACCAAUAGUUGCACCGUCAUAGCAAACAGGCUGAACGUUGUAAAACGAAUGUCGACAGCAAUUUUUCCUGCGAGCAUUGGCGAGUCUGUGGCCCCACAUGUGCCCUUUAAAGAUGUGUCAAAUAAUGCCGAGAAGCAAAGCUUAUUCGUAAGCAAGUUGAAUCUCUGCUGUACACUUUAUGAUUUCAAUGAUCCUGAUAAAGACUCCGCGGAGAAGGACUUGAAACGACAAGUUUUGCUCGAACUGAACGAUUUCGUCGCCUCGGGAUCCGGGAGGUUCACGGAAUCGGCAAUUUCCGCGGUGUGUAAAAUGUGUUCAGUUAACCUGUUCAGAACUUUUCCUCCCAAGUAUUUCGCAUCUCGUGGUGAAAGUGAAGAUGAAGAACCGAUGUUUGAUCCGGCUUGGUGUCAUUUACAACUUGUGUACGAUUUCUUCCUAAGCGUUAUCGGGCAAGGUUCUCUUGAUGCAAAAGUUGCUAAGAAAUACGUUGACCAUACUUUCAUAUUGAAAUUACUUGACCUAUUUGAUUCUGAGGACCCGAGAGAAAGAGAAUGCUUGAAAUCGAUACUCCAUCGUCUUUACGGGAAGUUCAUGAUGCACAGGCCUUUAAUCCGAAAAGCUGUAAGCAAUAUUUUUUAUCGUUUCGCUUUCGAGACGGAAAGACAUAAUGGGAUCGCCGAGCUUCUGGAGGUUUUCGGAAGUGUAAUUAGUGGAUUUGCUUUACCAUUAAAGGAAGAGCACAGAUUGUUUUUCUCCAGGGCCUUGAUACCGUUACACAAGCCGAAAUCUUUGGGUAUUUAUCAUCAACAAUUAGCAUAUUGUGUCGUUCAGUUCAUAGAGAAGGAGCAAAAUCUGGCUAGCGUAGUGAUAACGAGAUUGUUGAGGUAUUGGCCAGUGACAAGUAGCCAGAAACAAUUGAUGUUCAUCAGUGAAUUGGAAGAGAUUUUGGAAAUGAUCAGUAUUGCAGAGUUUGAGAAGAUUAUGGUGCCGUUGUUCCGCCGUAUAGGCUAUUGCCUUAACAGCUUCCAUUUCCAGGUGGCUGAAAGAGCACAUUUCUUGUGGAACAAUGAUAACGUCCUUAACCUUGUGAUGCAUAACAGGCAUGUUAUCAUGCCAAUUAUUAUCUCAGCUUUAGACCGGAACAGCCAGAACCACUGGAACAAAGCAGUUCUUAAUUUGACUCAAAAUGUGAGAAAAGUCUUUUCUGAGAUGGAUGAAGAGCUCGUACUCGACUGCCAAAGCAAGCUUGAAGAAGAAAAUUCAAAGUCAAAUGUAGCAGCCGAGAGACGAAGAUUAACGUGGGAGCGCCUAGAAAUUGCCGCUAAUUACGAACCUGUUUCCGUUCCUUCUAAUAUUUCAGGUCUGGUAAAACCUGCCACCUGUCUCGUUUCGUGCUAAUCUGAUCGUUGAUCGAUAGAAAGGAGUAUUUUAGUUCAUUCACGCUGUUUUUUUAUUUCGUGAAAAAAGAAAAAGAAACAUGCAUGUUUGUUUCUUUAGUGUAUGGAUUUUGUGUCUUGAAUAUGGAUGUAUAUAGGAUGCCACAAGGCAUCAUGUUCACAUUUCA